CGCGCGCCGGUCUCGCACACUCGCUCCUCGCACCACAUCGGUGACACACGCUAUCGACAUCGAGUGCGAAUAUUUUCGAGUGCUACCAAAUUUGAAUUUAAAAAGUGAAUUAGGAAUACUUUUUUUUCUUUUCGCGCGUGUUUCCCAGCCAGUGUUACAUUCUUCCGUUCACGUUUUCGGAAAUCUGUAAAAUCGUGUAUGAAUAUGGACUUGCUUGAAGGAACUACAUCAAUGCGUUGUUCAUGGAUGUCUUUUUAACCGGUUCGCCCAAAAAGCUGUUGGUAGCUAUAUCUAUAGUAGCAAUAAUAACAAUGUGCAUAAUACCAACUGAAGCUCGGAGCGUCGAGCACAAGAAACGUCACGACAGGAAUCAUAAGGGAACCACCAAAGACAUGUCAAGGCGACAUAACAGAAAGACAGACAGCAUGCUACCCACCAAAGAAUCGAUGAGAAAACCAAAAAAUCCUAAAGCCGAAUCCUACACUACUGAAUUUAACAAAAUUAUGAGGAAAGUGAGAAACACGAAGAAUCACUAUACCAACGACUGGAAACUGCUACAACCCGACUUGCAACCUUUCAAAGAAGUUUCCAUGCCACGUUGGCUACCAACUGUCAACUUCGUCGAUAUCCAUUACCACAAUUAUCGACGAGCGCGACGAAACGAUACCUCCUCUAUUCCUGAACGAAAAUAUGCCUACCAAAUGCCAAAACUCUACAAGUCACUGCAAGACUUCCACCUUCUCUUCCAGCACCUAGAAGCCUUCAGACUCAAUUUCCCUGAUGAUCCCUACAACACCUACAAGACUAAACGAAAAGAGAUCCUAAAAAGGACGAUUGGACAUUUAUACAGCACCAUACAAGAAGUAAAAGACAGUAUGUUGGAUCUUAAACUUAACAUAACCGUUCCAGACAGGAAAAAAACAAAUUUAUCUCACUUGAAUUUGGACGUGGACUCAACACAAUGCUUCAAGAACGAUUAUCUAGCUUUUAGAGCAUAUGGCAACAUGCUACAAAAUUGGUAUUUAGAACUCAGAUGUAAGGGGGAAAAACAUGUAACUAAAACAAUGUGCAAACAAUGGAGUGAUGCGAAACAUAACUUGGGUCAGUACACUGAGCAGGACAUCGCAGUGUCAUCGACAAAGAGGGACUAUCGCUAUUAUGAGGAAGAUGAGAGGCGUGGAAAAAUGUUUGAGAACGUUGUUGGAAAUGCUAUCGGGGUUUAUCCUGUCCAAUGCUCUCACAGUAUCAGUCAGACAUUCGACCUUUUCCUUGACCACGAAUGCGAGGAUAAUGUUAAGUCUGUUAAGAUCUGA